AUGACUGUACCUGCCUUCGGAUUCUCCGCCGGCGACUUCGUUAGCGCCGUGAAUUUGAUCGUCGACAUUACCAAAGCCUUGAAUAAUACAGGUGGCGCUGCAGAGGAUUAUCUCCAAGUGUUGGCGGAUUUGAACCUUUUGAAGGAUGUGUUGUCACACCUCCAGCAACAGCAGACCGGCAGGACGAGGCAAAGAAGCAGCAAUCCUUUUGCAGAGCAUGCGCGGAAGCAAGCAGAUCUCACCUUAUCUACACUAGCAAAUUUUCUCGACCUGAUAUCCAAAUUCGAUGCCAGCCUGGGUCCCCAAAGAACCUCGGCUUGGUACCGCGGUGUUGGAAGAAAGGCGCAAUGGGCUCUGGUCUACUCGAAACAUGUCGAUGAUCUACGCUCAAGGAUCGGGACACAGAUUCAGACGCUGAACCUUGUCACUCAACUACAAGAGGACGACCAUAACGGCCUCGAUGAGCUGAACAGCCAGCUCAACGUUAUCAGAGUCCAGAAUGAGCAGGUCAUAACACAACUACAAGAGCGCCGAAUCAUUAGUAUCGAAGAACUUCGAGAACAACUAAGUCUGCUUGACCUUCGGGACGAUGAGCAUCAACCUGCUAGUGCACCUGCGCCGCCUCAAGUUGUUGAAGACCCCCAAUCAAGUCCAAGUCAUCAACCGAUAUUAGGGGACUUGGAAGACCCUGCCAGACGUCUGACCAGAAGCCAAGGGGACCAACCCAUUCAACAUGAGAUGACCAGCCUACAAGAGACAACUCAAAUCCUCUUACCAAAGCUACUUCGAGCUGUCACACGCGAUUUGCACAACCUCAUUAUGAAGGCCUGGCUCCUGUUUCCAGGGUUAAUGAGACACUAUUCUCGCCUGUGCACAUCAAUCUCCAUGCCACCACUUCUCAUAAUCGCCGAGAAUAUCAGUUUUGAAGACGUGCUCGGGCGUCAAACGACGCUACAGUAUGACUUCUUCAAGCACUGGGCGAAUGUCGACAUGUUCCUCAAUAAACAGUUCGAGAACUGUCCAGGCCAACAGUAUAUAGCCAAAAAGCAAUAUUUCUUCAUCGGAGCAGAUGCAACAACAAAUAAGCUGAACUCCAAUGUUGAGAUUGCUUGGCAAGCGAUGGCCCGCCCUGGAUGCCAAAUUUCGAUGUCCAUAAAGAUGAUUGCAGAACAGGAUAUCGUCUUAGAGGCCAAAUGCCCUAGUCCUGGUUGUAAAGGACGUCCAGUCAAAAUAGGCGGCGAGAAAACAUUUUCAUGUCAAAAGUGUGAUCUCAUGUACUCCAUGCUACCCAGCUCUGCAACAGAACCAUUUGUCCGGGAAAGGAGAAAUACGUCCAGCGUCUCCUACUUAAACCCAUACUGGCGACGGGCACAAGCUUCUGAACCAGAUCAAGACAUCAUUGGACUGGACCAGCAAAUUGCUUGCUUCAAGAAAGUCCAUAUAUUGGACCCUGCAAUGAAUGAAACAUCGAUAGUGGCAACUAUGUCCCAAGGGAAGAAUCCAUUGCGAUGGAGCAAGCUUAGCCGUAGAAGGGUCUCUUGGGUCUGGUUUUGUUGCGGCUGUGGUCAUGGUGGGAUGAAAGUAAUUGUGAUUUCUUGUCCACACUGCGGACUUCUUCGCUGCCCCAAUUGCAGUGUGAAGAGAAAAGAGAUCAGGUAA